AAAAAAAAAUCAAUUUCAGCUACUGUAGCUCACACACUUCGUCUACGUUCUUUCCAUCAAGAAAAUCUUCUUGAUCUCUGUUUCGUUGAUUCCCAUCGAAUCUCUGAUCAAUAAUACGUCGUCGUUGCGUUCGUCUCUCAUCGUCAGAAUCCGUUCGAGUUUUCUGAAUCUUUCUUAUACGAAAGUGGUUCGUCUCUGAUCUAUUGCUUCGCCACGUUGAGCUUAUAUGAUCUCGAGUUAUAUCUGCAAUGGCUGAUACUGCUGGAGCAGUGAGAAGAAACUGACUAUCAGAGAACUUGGGCGUGAAGAGAUUCUCUGAUUUUGCACUGAGGGGGGGAGGAAGAUGAUAAACAAGACGCUUGUACUGACUUAUAUCUACUUACUCAUCUACAUCAUACUCUCUUCAGGUGUCAUACUCUACAACAAGUGGGUUUUAUCCCCAAAGUACUUCAAUUUUCCACUUCCUAUAACGCUGACGAUGAUCCAUAUGGGGUUUUCUGGAUUCGUGGCCUUCCUUCUUAUUCGCGUCUUCAAGGUUGUAGCUCCGGUUAAAAUGACAUUUGAAAUAUACGCAACAUGUGUGGUACCUAUAAGCGCAUUUUUUGCAUCAAGCCUGUGGUUUGGCAAUACCGCAUACUUGCACAUUUCUGUUGCCUUCAUUCAGAUGCUCAAAGCUCUAAUGCCAGUAGCUACAUUCAUCAUGGCAGUUAUUUGCGGCACUGACAAACCAAGGUGCGACGUGUUCUCGAACAUGUUGCUGGUCAGUGUUGGGGUUGUGAUAUCUUCUUAUGGGGAAAUCCAUUUCAAUAUAGUUGGCACGGUCUAUCAGGUGACAGGCAUAUUUGCUGAAGCACUUAGACUGGUGCUAACUCAAGUUCUUCUCCAGAAGAAGGGGUUGACAUUAAACCCUAUCAACAGCUUAUAUUACAUAGCUCCCUGCAGUUUUGUAUUUCUGGCCUUCCCUUGGUAUGUGUUGGAGAAACCCACGAUGGAAGUUUCACAGAUACAAUUCAACUUCUGGAUUUUUUUCUCCAAUGCUCUGUGUGCCCUUGCGUUGAACUUCUCCAUAUUCUUAGUAAUCGGUAGGACAGGUGCAGUAACAAUCCGGGUAGCUGGUGUUCUCAAAGACUGGAUUCUCAUUGCCCUCUCCACAGUCAUUUUUCCCGAGUCCACGAUCACCGGGCUGAACAUCAUUGGAUACGCAAUCGCGCUUUGUGGCGUCGUCAUGUACAACUACAUAAAAGUGAAGGACGUAAAGGCGUCUCAACCAACUGCUGACAGUCUCCCAGAUCGAAUCAAUAAGGAGUGGAAGAUGGAGAAGAAGUCUUCAGAUAAGUUCAAUCCGGAUGUUGGUGGAGAGAGCCCAAGAGUAGGAGGCGAGAUAAACGACGAGGAAGCCCCUUUGAUUACGUCCCGUUUAUCUCAUAUUGGUCGGACGCAGCUCGGAAAUCACGCCGCUUAAGAUGCCUAGUAAAAACGCAUGACAGAGAGGUUUUGCUUCCAAAUUCGUUGGUUUUUCUUUGCUACGUAAAAAGAAUCUUUGAAACCAAAAGAGAGGUGCAGCAGCAGCAGCAUCCGAGACCGUGUGUCCUCUCGUGUCUCAGGUGAAGAAUGUUGUACUUGUCUUCAAAAUUUGCAACUUUAUUAAGAAAUAGAUAGCUGAGCAAAAUAGUAGUAUGAUCGAUGAUUAGCUUAAAAAACUUUAAAAAGUCACAUAUUCGUUUAUAAUGAAUUGACAUUAGAGUUAUAUAUAUAUUCUUGUGGCCUUUAUUUUUUCCACCA